AUGACUCACUUUCGCGACCUUUACCGACAUCUCCUCUCCGUCUCUCUCUCUCUCUCUCUCUCUCUCUCUCUCUCUCUCUCUCACCAUAUUCAUAUUCUAUCUCUAUCCUAUCUCUCUCCUCAUUCUAUAUUUCUCUUUAUUUACCAUCUUGUUUUACUCACUCUUCCCAUCCUAUAUUCCUCUCACUGUUCCAUCCUAUCCUCUCACUUUCUUAAUCAUUUAGUCCCCAUCUCUCUCUCUCUCUCUCUCUCUCUCUCUCUCUCUCUCUCUACGCCUUCAUCUCUUUCUCUCUUCCUAUCCCACUUUCCUUUCUCCUGCUCCACCCUCACUCUGCCCCUUCCUCAUCUCAUCCUAUCUUCCUCUUUCUCCCCAUUCUAUAUGCCUCUCCCGCCAUAUCGUCUCCCUCUCUCUUUAAACAUCCUACCUCUCUUUCUCGCUCUCCCUAUCUUAUCUUGCCCGUCUCUCUGUUCCCUAUCUAUAUUACUAUCUUUAUUUCCCCAACCUCUCUUCUCUCUCUCUCUCUCUAUAUAUAUAUAUAUAUAUUCUAUCUUCCUCACUCUCCAUUCUCUCUACCUCAAAUCUUAUCUUCUUUUGUCUCGACAUUUCUUUCCAUUUUCCUCUACUCUCUCUCCCACCAGGCUUUCCUUUCUUUCGCCCUAUGACUUUUUCCUCCCUAGCUCUCUUCACAUAUCACUCCCUCUGUUUCUCAACAUCCUGACUUCCCCCUCUCUAUCUCCCUAUUUUAUCUUCCUCUCUCCCAUUCUCUCUGCUUAUCUCUUUCUUUACACAACCUCUCUUCUCUCUCUCUCUCUCUCUCUCUCUCGUCCUAUAUAUCCCUAUCCUUAUUUCUCUCUCUCUUUUCCUAUCCACUCUUCGUCUCUCUCUUUCUAUCUAUCUCCCUUUCUUACCAUCCCGUCUUCCUCCCACUCUCUCCACAUCAUGUCCUCUCUCUUUCCCUAUCUAUCUUUAUCCAUGUCUUUUCUAUAUAUAUAUUCUAUCUUCCUCACCUUCCAUCCUCUUCCCCUGUUACUUUGUUUUCCUAUAUUCUCUUUGUCUCUCUCUUUCUCACCCUUCCUCCACCUCUCUCCUCAUCCUGUCUUCCUCCCUUUUCCCCAUAUCAUAUUUACCCCUCUUGCUCACCCAUUUAUCGUUAUCCAUCCUGCCUUCUCUAUAUUUAUAUAUUCUAUCUUCCUCACCCCCCCAUCAUCCCUUCCUCCCUCAUCAUCUUAUCUCCCCAUCCUCUAUUCCUAUUUCUUCCUCUCUUCGUCUCUCUAUUUCUCUUUCUUCCUCCCCGUCUCUCCACAUCCUGUCUUCCUCUCUCUUCCGCCAUAUCAUAUACACCCCAUUCGCUCCCCUAUCUUUACCCGUUCUAGAGAGAGAGAGAGAGAGAUUCUAUCAUCCCCAUACACAUCCCCAUCAUCCCUUCUUCUAUCAUUUUAUCUCCCCAUUCUCUUUGCGUCUUUUUCUGUCUCCAUCUUCUUUUCUCGUUCCUCUCUCACUCCCUCGUCUCUCCCUUCCUUCCUCUCUCUCUCUCUCUCUCUCUCUCUCUCUCUCUCUCUCUCUUUAUCUGGCCAUCUCUUCUGGAUUCUAGAUGACUACUCCCUCUGCAGCCGACUAUCACUGGAUUCACGUAUGUCAAUGACGCAGGUGUAUGCCCGGACCGGAAGUUAUAAAGGACAGAUUGUUGCACUUAAGAUGUAUGAAAAGAAACAUUUUGUUGUUACACACAAGAUGAAAAAGGAAAUGAAAAUCAUGAGAGAUAUACGUCACAAUAACGUCAACGCAUUUGUUGGAGCUUGUGUUGACCCACCACAUUUUAUAAUUGUAACUGAAUAUUGCGCAAAAGGAAGUCUCCAGUCGUACGCGGCUGAUAUUACGGUAUUAGAAUACUCUCUCUUUCUCUCUCUCUCUCUCUCUCUCUCUCUCUCUCUCUCUUUCCUCCUCUUCUCCUAG